AUGAGGCCAUCUGUUCAUUCAUCUAUUGCGUCCUCGGACGAUUCGGAAGUGGCGCAUCCGGCUUCAUUCACUGGUGCAUUGCUUUACUCCUCCUUGGCCAGAUCCAUGUUUGGUAAACACAAGGUGGGUUUUUCCAACUCUUUACCUCCCAUCAACUUGCAUUCUGAUGAGCAAACUCAAGUGCCUAUACCUGGUGUCCUGUUGGCCUCUCACUAUACUGCUUCUCUGGUUGUCGCGUCUCUUGGUCAUUUUCCGCAUUCCAUUCUCAUCCCGUAUUUGUUCAGUAUUACCGCUCGUGUCUCCAGCCUUGCGUCCUGUCACACAUCCAGUGAGGACGAUGAGGGCGAUACGCAAGCGGAUCGUGCGGAACCGUAUUCCGGUUCGAUCGAGCUGGGUCAGGACACUUUGUCCUUGAUUUCACACUCUACCACUGCCACAUCUGGCACAGUGAUAACAACAAACACAGAACGAGGGUCUACCAAGUCCAAAUGGACGCGAUCUCGCGGCACCGGUGCCCAAAAACGUACCGGAUCUGUGAAAACGCGUGCCACGAAGCGUAUGACCCGCACGCAACCGAAACCUCGUUUUGCUGGCAAACAUAAGGCCUCGCUUCGUGUGGAUGAUUCGCAAUGGUCGGAUCGGUUCUCACUAGACACAGUAGGCAGUUCCGGCCGAGUAAACUGCAAGACAAAAGAAAAGAUCACUUAUGAGAUUGGCGUCAAAAUUGAUCUGUCCAGUUCCGGUUUGACCAAGAUUGUCACUUUGAUGCCUUACUUCAUGAUUGUGAACAAGGCGAAUAUCGAUUUAGAAUGCAGCGAAGCUGCACUACCCGAAGAUCAAUCUCGCUCACCGACAAUGGGAAAACUGUCGAACGAGUGGAUUCGUGUCCCGGCCGGCGAGGCUGUGCCCUUCUGGCCUCAGGCGAACAAUUCCAAAAAGAUGCUGCUUCGUUGUCGGGUGAACGAGCACGUAGUCACUGACGUUUUCCCGUACUACGAAUCGCAUUCCAUUCUAAUGAAGCUGCCCGGCAAAUACAUCGGUGUGUUUGUCGAAGUGGAAACAACGGAAGAGGCGACAGUCAUUAUUUUGCAAAUGUACCAACAGGGUAUGGCAUUGGUGCGUUUGGUCAACCAUCUUGGAGACUGCCAGCCUAUUCAUUUCCAACAACGUGGUGUGAAUCAGACGCAUCAAUUGGAGGCGGGUAUGUCUGUGAUGUACGCGUGGGAUUCGGCUCGCUCAGAUCGCGAAUUGCAAUUCUAUUGCAACAAAAAUGAUCGUGUUCAAUCCAGUCGCUUAACCAUGGAUUGUGUGGAGGAGUUCUACGUGAAUGAUACCAAGGCGUACUGGGUCUCAUUUUUGUGGAACAUGCAACGAGUUCUAUUGUUUACGCAAGAUUUGAAUGCGGCAAAGAAUGCUCGAUUGGUUGGGUACAUGAACUUCCAUAUUCCAUGUGACUGUUCCGCAUCCACAUUUUCUACUGGAUAUACUGCAUGUGUACUUUCUGGCGUUCGAUGGAGCCAAGUCCGUCGCGGAAAUCGCUUGAAACCUCUCAAACCGGCAGUCAGUGACAGCCUGGAACGUGCGUAUACGACCUACGCGAAUCAGCUACGUACUGGUGAAUCCACUCCGGGGCUGGCCAAGUUGACCGAUGUCGGACGCCCAAUCGAGGUCGACUUCAAUCAGAUGAUGAUGCUUGAACCGGAUCAGUGUGAACUACGUCGCGCAUUCGAACCGGGCGUGUUCCUCCAGUACAAAACUUCACCUAGCCAGAUGCAGUUGCAUGGAAAAAUAUUCCGCAUUCAAGUAAGUGUGUGGGCAAGGGAUGUGAUAGAGCGGUAUGCGACGAAUCUUGAAAGUUGCCGAUGUGGAUUGACUGUACCAGCUGCCCACAACUUCAAGGUUGAACGAUAA